CAAAGCUCAAGAAAGCACCAUGAGAAAACUUUCAAGCAUGGUUUCUAAUAUGGCUCCAUGGACCAGCUGGAACACAAGCGACUCCAACCCCUGCCUGUGGAGUGGGGUCACUUGCUCUGUGUUUUCCCAGCGCUCCGGUUCUUCUGCAGAUUCACCGAUUUUCCACAACAAUUGGCGUCAUGCCCCUUGGGUGCAAGACUGCGCGUGCUCAAUUUGAGCAACGCCCAGGUGGCUGGUCCGCUUGAUGACUUCUCUGGUUUCCACAAACUGGAGGUUCUUGAUUUCUCCUUCAGUUAUCUGAAUGGAAGUGUCGACAGACAGCUGAGUUAUUUGCCCCGAUUGAGAAUCUUGAACCUUAGUUACAAUAGACUUGAUGGUGACCUCCCCACAAAUAUGGCCCACUCUUUGGAGGAACUUGUGUUAUCCAAUAACCAGUUCAGCGGUCAGGUUCCAGUGGGUUUAUUCCGGUACAAGAAUCUCACUCUGUUGGAUCUCAGCCAGAACAAUCUGGCAGGUGACGUGCCGGAUGAGUUCUUCAAGCUCUUCAAUCUUCAAACGUUGCUCCUUACAGGCAAUGAUCUGGGUGGCAUGAUACCAGGCAGCUUGUCGAGUGUGACAACAUUAGCUCAUUGUGCAGCUGACCAGAACAACUUCAGUGGCUCCAUACCAAGUGGAAUCACCAAGAAUGUAAAGGUGUUGGAUUUGAGUUACAAUAUGCUAAGUGGUGAGAUACCUUCUGAUCUAUUCUUGGCUCCAGGUUUGCAUACCGUUGAUCUCACUAGCAACAUGCUUGAAGGGCACAUCCCGCGAGGAUUCUCUCGCAGCCUCUCUCGCCUUCAUCUUGGAGGGAACAUGCUCAACGGUAGCAUCCCCAGCUCGAUUGGUGACGCCUCAAGCCUGUCCUAUCUUGACUUGGAGAAUAAUUACUUGGUGGGAGGUAUACCCUUGCAGGUUGGCAAAUGCAAUAAAUUGGUUCUCUUGAAUCUGGCAAGCAAUGAAUUGAAUGGUGCAUUGCCCACUGAGAUCGGCAAACUUAGUAGACUUAGUGUAUUGAACCUUAGCCAAAACUCAUUUUCUGGCGCCAUUCCAACUUCAAUCGGCUCUUUGCAGUAUCUUACUGAACUUGAUCUUGCGGACAAUGAGCUUACUGGUUUCAUCCCCACCAUGCCAAUCUCCUUGGGUCCGGUUUUGAAUCUAAGUCACAACCAUCUCAGUGGGUCCAUCCCUUCAGACAUUGGCUCUUUACUGGUCUUGCAGAUUCUUGAUCUUUCCUACAACAGCUUGUCUGGUCAGAUACCAUCAUCGCUUGCCGUUAUGCCAAUGCUGACACAAUUGGUGAUUUCUUAUAAUCAGCUCUCUGGAUCUCUUCCAAUAUUUACAUUUAACCAGGUGGCAGUCGAUUCCACGGGAAAUCCUGAUCUUACAAGUAUUGACAAAGUUCCAGAGAUGGCGGAAGAUAACAAGUCAGGUAUUUGGGUUGCAGCAGUUUCAUUUGUAGUAUGCUUUGUCAUCUCUUUCUAUGGGGAUGGGAUCAGAAACGGAUGGUUCACAGGUUGAAGGAGCAACUAUCUGAUUACUUCCCGCUGCAUGCAAAACCCAAUGCCAAGCCCUGGAUGCAUGUAAUGUUUUUUGUUAGGACAAAACAAACUAAUGCUCGUGUAAACAAUAAAUAUUAAACCGAAGUUUAUCCCUUUUCUUUCCA